UUUUGCUCAUGACGUCUGUACGUAACAUUACGUUCAACACUUAUAGGAAAUUACUUCGGACCACCGCAUAGGUCAAUAAUAUGCAGCUUUCCAUAGUGUAUACCUAAUACGGUACAUCCAAACAUGUGAGGUAUCACUUUCCAGAGCGAAUGAAGGCCAGACCUUUAAAGGGUGGCAGGUGGAGACAGACCAAACUGUGCAAACCCGUCUCAGGGGAAAUAGUGGGCAUUCAGACCUGAGGGAGGGUCAUGGCGGGGUAAGGUACAACGAAGUAAAAGCAGGGGAGAGAGGAGGUAUGGAGGUAGCUUCCAUUGGGGGGAGGGAAGGAGGUAUGAAGCUUUAGGAUAGAAGCUUGUUAAGUUACACCUCUAUUAAUCUUAAAAUUAAAACUUUACUAUCUUAAUUCUUUAGGUUAGGUACAUUAGUUAUUAAUAUCGUCCUAUAUUAUUCCCAAGCUAGGUUGAAUUAGUUACGUCCAAGAUAAGAAAAAGAAAAGAAAGAAACAGAGAAAAAAAAAGUUGGAGAAAUAAUUCAAAAAAAUAUGGCUGCCGAUAUUCCAAUCAUCGACGCUCACAUUCACCUCUAUCCCGAAUCAGAGCUCUCAACUCUAUCAUGGUGCACGCCCGAGCACCCGCUGCACAAGCAGCACUCGCUAGAAGAAUAUAAAGCCGCUACCGAGGGCUCCACGCCCAAAGGCUUCAUCUUCAUAGAGACAGACCGGAAGAACGAUCUGGAAGCCGGCGAGAAAGGCUGGGAGCACCCGCUGCAAGAAAUCUCGUGGCUGAAGCGCAUCGCGACGGGCCAGCCGAAGCCGGGCGAGGGCCACGUCGCGGAAGACGCCGCCCUGUGCGCCGCGUACGUACCCUGGGCGCCGUUGCCCAGCGGCGUCGAGGCCAUGGAGAAGUACCUCGAGCUGGCGGAGCGGGAGGCCGGCGAGAGCUGGCCCAAGGUCAGGGGCUUCCGGUACCUGCUGCAGGACAAGCCGCACGGCACGAUGCUCCAGGACAAGUUUAUCGAGAGCCUGAAGCUGCUCGGCCGCCGCGGCUUCGUGUUCGACUUGGGUAUUGACCAGCAUAACCGCGGCAGGACCCAGCUCGAGGAGGUCGUCGAGAUGAUUGACCGCGCGCACGACGGCGUGCCCGAGGACCAGAGAGUCACAUUUAUAAUCAACCACCUCUGCAAGCCAGACCUCAGCGUAUACAACGUGCAAACAAGCCCGUCCUUCAUCGCCUGGCGCACGGCGAUCUUCACGCUGAGCAAGUGCAGCCGGACGUACAUGAAGCUGUCGGGCGGCUUCUCCGAGAUGCCCGAGUCCCUGCGGCGGCGCUCGGCCGAGGACAUCUUCGACGCCAUCAGCCCGUGGCUGAGCGUCGUGCUCGCCGCCUUCGGCGCCGGCCGCAUCAUGUUCGCCAGCGACUGGCCCGUGUGCACCCUCGGCCUCGAGGACGACCCCGCUGACGGCUCCGCUGCCGACGGCGGCGCCUGGAAGAAGUGGAAAAAGAUCGUCGAUCGCCUGUGCUGGAUGGCCUCGUUCGGCGACGAAGAGAAGAGCCUGGUCUGGGGGGGCACUGCGCUUAAGGCUUAUGGUAUCGAGGCUUGAAGUGCUGAGGCUGGUGGUUGGGCGGUGGUUGGCGAAUGGGUUCAAUAGACGGGGGAAUAUUGAUGCUACAUCCAUCCCCCGUGUCUCGUGAUACGCAUAUGGUAUAAAUACACAGGCUUAGGUCUGAUGGAAAGUUGUCGGCGCGGGUAUAGGAAUUUAUUUCUAACCUACCUAGGUAGUUUAUUGUGUGGCUGUCUCGCAAUAGGUUGAACUACUAAAAAUGGUAUAUAGGAGACACACUGUCUUGAUGAUUUAUUAUAAGACAUUGUUUAUGAUUGUCACGAUAUGGUACCUCGUGCGCCUUAUGUUUUGAGUAGGACUAUAGGUAUCACAUGAAUAGCGAUCCUUGUGACUAAAUAUUUCUGCACUCUUCUUAUGUAGGUAGGUACCUACCUACAGUCCCCAAGACUUUACAGGUUCGUCUUAACUAUACGGAGACACACACAAAAAAUGAUAUG